AUGAUAGUAUCAAUCCGAACCAUCAGCAUAAAUCCCCUUCAACAAAAGUCUAAGCAACUUUCAAGUUUCUAUCCAGUAUCAGAAGAGAAAAUGGCAUCUUCCACUCAGACAACUGCUAUCAGCCAGCAGGAACUCCCUCACUUGAGCUUCAGGUCGUAUGUCCAGGCGCUCAAAGACGAUGGUGAUAUCGUCGAAAUCAACACAGAAUGUGACCCGCACCUCGAAGUCGGCGCCAUCACCCGGAAGGCCCUCGAAGACCAGGAGCGAGCUCCCCUAUUCAACAAACUCAAGGGCCAGGACGAGAACGGUCUCUGGCGCAUUCUGGGAGCUGUGAAUGGGCUCAGGCCGAACCCAGAGCAGGUGUUUGGUCGUGUGGCUAGACACAUUGGCUUGGUCCCUACAGCAUCAGCCAAGCAGAUAAUGAACAAGGUCAUCGCGGCCAAGAGCGCCGCGCCUAUCCCUCCGAAGGUCGUUGAGUCCGGCUCCUGCAAGGAGUUUCGCCUUACGCCCAACCAGUUCAACCUAGAAACGCUGCCAUGCCCCUUGCUGCACCAGUCCGAUGGCGGAAAGUACGUCCAGACGUACGGCAUGCAGUGCUUCCAGUCUCCAGAUGGUAGUUGGACUAACUGGGCGAUCGCACGUGCUAUGGUGCACGAUAGGAACCACCUGGCUGGGGCCGUAUUGCCAGCUCAGCACAUCGGUAAGAUCCUCGCUAUGUGGCGGAAGCUAGGGAAAGACAUGCCCGUAGCGAUUGCGUUUGGCGUCCCGCCCGCCGCCAUCAUGGCCGCAAGUAUGCCCCUGCCGGAUGGCGUAUCCGAGGCUGAGUACGUCGGCUCGCUCGUCGGUGCCCCCGUGGAAGUUAUCAAGUGCGAGACCAACGACCUCUACGUCCCCGCAAACUCCGAGAUCGUUUUCGAAGGGACUAUUUCGGCGACCGAGACGGCGCCUGAAGGCCCUUUUGGUGAGAUGUAUGGAUAUCUCUUCCGCGAAGAAGUGCAGCAGUGGGCCAAGUACACCAUCAACAUGAUCACGCACCGCAAAGACGCCAUUUUGCCAGUUUCUACCCCGGGGAGACUAACUGAUGAAACCCAUACCAUGAUCGGCCCACUCGCGGCAGCCGAGAUCGGAUUCCUCCUCAAAUCCCAAGGGCUCCCCAUCAAGGAAGCAUGGUGCCCGUUUGAGUCGCAAGUAGUAUGGGUGAUUCUACAAAUCGACACAGAGAAACUACGCGCGCUAAAGACGACAUCGGAAGAAUUCUCGCGCAAGAUAGGCGACAUAGUCUUCACCGCCAAAUGCGGGUUCAUGAUCCACCGUCUAAUCCUCGUAGGCGACGACAUCGACAUUUACGACUUCAAAGACGUCUCGUGGGCUUUCAGUACUCGCUGCCGUCCUGGGCUCGACGAGUACUUAUAUGAGGAAGUCCUCGGGUACCCGGUGGUUCCGUUUAUGGGCCAUGGGAGCGGCGACCCGUGGAAGGGCGGGAAGGUCGUUUCGGAUGCUUUGCUGGCGGCGGAGUAUACUACAGGCAAGACUUGGGAUGAGUCUAGCUUUAAGGGCUCGUACCCUAAGGAGCUCCAGGAGAAGAUAUUGGCCGGGUGGAAGACUCUAGGGUAUGAUUAG